CUGACUGCCUCUCGACUGCUCCUGGCGCAAAUUUCAGCUCUUAGAGGCUGUCGGGAUUCAUUGGCUCCUGCAGAACGACACAAUUCUCCAGUGCCAGCCGCGAGGCCGACGAUCUCCUGUCUCUCUCUCGACGACGGAGACCAUCGGCAGUAGCCCUGGCCUGCUGUCGCUCUUCUUUCAGGUGUAGAACUUGUGGGUGAAGGAGGUGGAACGCCAGUGAAGGCUGACGAGCAGACCGAUCGUUAGUUCAUACGCAAGUCUUCUUUGGCCAAUUGUAUUUGUAUUUCCGACCGAUGGCUCGUCGUCAAGUUGCCGCUCAUCCAUGGCACGAUCUGGAGAUCGGACCUGAAGCUCCGGAAACAUUCAAUUGUGUGAUUGAGAUUGGAAAGGGAAGCAAGGUCAAAUAUGAGCUGGACAAGAACAGUGGUAUGAUCAAGGUCGAUCGAGUUUUAUACUCAUCUGUGGUCUAUCCUCACAACUAUGGAUUUAUUCCCCGCACUCUUUGCGAAGACAACGAUCCUUUGGAUGUUCUCGUAAUUAUGCAGGAACCAGUUAUGUCAGGAUGCUUCUUGCGUGCCAGAGCCAUUGGGCUGAUGCCUAUGAUUGAUCAGGGCGAGAAGGAUGAUAAGAUUAUCGCUGUCUGCGCUGACGAUCCCGAAUAUCGCCACAUGAAGGACAUCAACGAGCUGCCACCCCACCGACUUCAGGAAAUUCGUCGAUUUUUUGAGGACUAUAAGAAAAAUGAGAACAAGGAAGUCUCAACCGAUAACUUCUUGGACAGCAAAAAGGCUGUUGAGGCAGUCAGUCACGCUAUGGAUCUCUAUGCUGAGUACAUUGUACAUAGCUUACGCCAAUGAGAGAGAAGGGAACGGCGUCUAGUUUCUUGAUUCUUGAAAUCAAGCGUAAACUGAUUAGAUAGAGUUUAGAUGUGGAUGUAAAGUUUUAAUCUUCUCUACAAUAAUGUAGAAUCCACUCCGAGCAUCAGAACUAGUCGCAUUUUGGCUCUUACCAUGGAACAUCUUUCCCCCUUUAUAUGUGCAGGGAGUUGUAUAAGGCCACCAGCGAAGAAGCAGAGACUUCCUUGAUCUCUGAAUCUGAAAAUCCGGGAGUCUCUUCUCUCGCUUAAUAUGAUUCAAUUUUUUUAGGACACAAAUUUCGACCAUAGAGUCUUUUGCAUGGAGUUCUCUGCUUUUUCCAGGUGCCUGCCCUCGGCAAUUUUGAAAGCUUUUCCAAGGGAUCAUGAUUAAUUGCAUCAGGAGUGUGCUAUCGACACGUCAAAGAAUCAGAUCUGUAAGGAAGCUGUCUGCUUUAUGAGUUUUUCGAAGAGUGUAUAGGAGCUCAAAACUUCGUAUUAUGUUGUUUAUGAAAUUUACAUUGUGUUUCGAAGGCAUGGGGACAUGAGAUAUUAGUUUUGCCGUGCUUUGCGUGGCGGAAAAUAGCGUGUAAGGAAUCAAAGGAUAAAUUACUUUAACAGGCGAAUAAAACAAGUGUACGCGUUAGUCAUGCACUGAAGCUGGCUACUGCUCUGACAUGAAAAUUUGGAAUAAAGACGAAGCUGACGUCUGCCCU